AUGCCCGCCGCCGCGUCGAGGACCGCGCUCGGCGCGGCGUGCUGGACGGCGACGGAGAAGGUGAACGCGGAGCUGUUCGCGCUGACGCACGGGGCGUUCGUGCGACAGAUUUUGCGCGAUCACGAGGACGACGUGGAGUGCGCGAACGCGGCGCUCGAGCGCGUCGGACGCGCGAUGGGGGCGAGGAUGGUGGAGGAGUUUUUGUCGAGGACGAACGCGAGCGGAGGGGCGUGCGCGACGUUCGAGGAAGCGAUGGAGAUGACGACGCGGGUGGGAUUGAAGAUGUUUUUAAACGUCGACGCGAAGACGAGGGAUUGGAGCGAGGAGCGAGACGAGUGCGUGAUUGAGAUGGAGAGUAAUCCGUUGGCGGAGUUUGUGGAGUUGCCGGGGAAAUAUGGGGAUUUGAGUUACUGUAACGCGCUGUGCGGGGCGAUUCGCGGGGCGUUGGAGACGGUUCGCGUGCGGACGACGUGCGCGUUCGAGAGCGAUCCCUUGAGAGGGGAGGGCGAACGAUUCGCGAUUCGGGUGAAGCUAUUAGAGCUCGUGCCCGAGGAGUAUCCUUUCGACGAUUGA